AUGCCUCCCCGCCCGAGAGCCAUCCUCGCGCAGAGGCCGUUCCAGGCCCUCGCCGCCCGCAGGUGCUACUCCACCGCAAACGAGGCACCCCUGAUCCGCGUCACCAACGUGCCCGCGCCCAACACGGGCCACAUCCGGGUCCUCGAGCUGAACCGGCCGUCGGCGCGGAACGCCAUAUCCAGGGCCCUGCUGGCGUCCCUGCGCGGCGAGAUAGACGACGUCCACUCGCAGUAUGACGCGGCGACGGGGGAGGAGCUGGCCGCGAAGAGCUGGAACAAGAGGUUCGGGGGCGCGGCGGGCCAGGACGACAAGGGCCCCACGAGGGCCCUGAUCCUUGCCAGCGCGGUGGACAGCUCCUUCUGCGCGGGCGCGGACCUGAAGGAGAGGAGGGGCUUCACGCCCGAGGAGACAGCCGCCUUCCUAGCCCUCCUCCGCUCGACUUUCACCAACAUCUCCACUCUGCCUGUCCCGACCAUCUCGGCAAUCAGCUCUCUCGCCCUCGGUGGCGGGCUGGAGCUCGCCCUGUCCACGCACUUCCGCGUCCUGUCCUCCAACGCCGUGAUCGGUCUGCCCGAGACGAGGCUAGGCAUCAUCCCCGGCGCCGGGGGCACACACCGUCUGCCCUCCCUGAUAGGCAUCGGGCGUGCGAGAGACCUGAUCCUCACAGGCAGGCGGGUGUCCGCGCCAGAGGCCUACUUCCUGGGCAUCGCGGACCGGCUGGUCGAGGUCGUGCCGGAGAGCGAGGAGGACGUGGAGAAGCUGAAGAACGGGGACAAGGCGGCCGCGGACCAGAUUCUCUCGUCGGCGAGACGGGAUGUGCUGAGUGAGGCUGUCAGGCUAGCCACGGAGAUCAGCGAGGGCGGACCGGUCGCGACGAGGGCGGCGUUGCAGGCAGUGCAGAGGCCGCACGAGGAGGUGGAGAACGCGAUGUACGACAGGGUCGUCAGGACGGAGGAUAGGGAUGAGGCGCUGAAAGCGUUUGCCGAGAAGAGGAAACCAGUGUUCAAGGGGAGGUGA